AAUAAUCAAAUCAUCGAUUAUAAAAUAAUUUAAUUAAAAAUAUAAAUUGACAAAAAAAUGGUGACUGAGCGUGGAGACAGGAGACGACACAGUAACAGCAAGUCGGCAACCGAUUUCAAGGAUUUCGUGCAUAGAUUGCCAACUUAUAACAAGGGUUUACUGAAGCAAUGUGUGUCAUAUCACUUCUACAACUUUCUUGAAGAUUGGGGAGCGAAGCAGCUAUUCUUCUUCAUUAGGAGAGCGGUGAAAGAAGGUAGACUUUGGGAUAUCUUUAUCCCGAGUAAGAGGGACAGAAGGGGCAAUAGGUAUGGUUUUGCCAGAUUCUUGGAUGCCAGGGGUUAUCAGGAGAUGAAGAAGCAACUAGAAAACAUAUGGAUUGGAAACAGAAGGGUGAUCUUUAACCUUGUAGAGGAUAGAAGAGAAGAGCAACGCAAAAUGACUACAAAGCUGUCGGAGAAGGCAAGAUGGCAGAGCAACAAAAAAAGGACCAUUUAUGAAGAUCACAUGAAGGCGGUUGAAGGAAAUAGACAGGAUUCAAAACUGACAUACGCUCAAUGCCUCAUGCAACACAAAGAUGGAGGAAAAUCCAGAGAAACAGGAAAGAAAGAACCCACACCAUCAGAGGCUAGAGACUCCCCGUGGAGUUUAAAUAGAGAAUCAAAUAAGAUACAUGGCGUUGGAGGUUUCAAGUACAAAAAGGUGAUAGAGCAACAGGAACGGACAAGUCUUCUAGAGAUUUUCUUUAAUGAAGGAUUUCCAUCGAUCAAAAUUGUUCCAAUGGGAGGCAACCUUGUGUUAAUCGACGGCGACGAUCCGGAGAGUAUAAAGGAGUUGGUAGAUGGGAAUCUUGAGUGGGUGCCAUACUAUUUUGACUGGGUUAAAAUCUGGUCCCCAUCAGAUAUUACAGAAGAGAGGUUCGUCUGGGCAAGAAUUCAGGGGUUACCACUGCAUGCUUGGACUGAAGAAAACUUAUUCAUAAUUGAAUUUGUCCUCAAAGUGAAGGGCAAUCGAUUCAAUAUUGCUGUGGUGGAGGAGAAUUGGGGAAAUGAUCCUUGGUGGCUGAAGAAAGUACACAACUCCAUUAUUGAAUCAGAAGUGAGUUCAUCGGAGUCUAACACCGGCGACGAUUUUUGUGAGCUCGACUGUGACUGUUCAAACAGUCCAAAGGAAGGGAAAAUUCAAACACCUUUCAAAGAUGUUAGUGGUAUUAAUUAUCCUGACAAUUUGAGUGGCUCAAAGCGAGUUGUUGAGGAGAACAGGGAGCUAGAUGGCACGUUGUCUAAUCAGGAGCAUGAGAAACAAAAAAUAAGAGUUGAAUCAAUGAAAUUGGUGACUGGAACGAAGCGAGGAAAAAGAAGGAAAGCAAGGGUUCAACCGGUCAAUUUAGGGGGGGAGUUAUCACAAGGCUCACUCUCAAAAGGGGAUAUUGUCUACAACAAUAGAAGAAUCAAAGAAGGAAUGAUCUUCGAGGAAGCAAAGAAGGCCUCGGUGGGUAGAUCAGAAGGAGUUUUGUGUAUUUGGGAUGAUGAGUUAUUUGAGAAAGUAUCAGUGGUUGAGAAGAUAGGUGCCUUAGCAAUUUUUGGUUUAUGGGGAGAAAAGAAGCAAAAGUGUUGCAUUGUGAAUGUGUACGCCUCAUGUAACAGAAACGAAAGACUAGAAACAUGGGUAGAGUUACUGAAGAUGAUUAAGGAAGGGGAAGGCUUCUGGUGCAUUGCUGGAGAUUUCAAUAGCGUGAGAUCAAUGAAGGAGAGACGAAGAAGAUCUGAGCACUCCAGAUAUAGGGAGGACCUUAAUGACUUCAUUGAAAAUGCAGGAUUGGUUGAUUUGCCAUUAACAAGAAGAAAAUUUACUUGGUAUAAGGGAGAUGGGUCAGCUAUGAGUAGAUCUAUAUUAGAUCAUUGCCCGGUGGUACUGAAGAAGAUUAAUAGUGACUGGGGUCCAAAGCCUUUUAGGGCCUUGAAUUGUUGGGAUCAGCACCCAGACUUAAGAAAAGUAGCAAAGGAGAGUUGGAAAUCUACAGAGAUGAGGGGAUGGAAGGGGUUUGUGUGCAAAGAAAAAUUUAAGCAUUUGAGAAACAUAUUGAAGAUAUGGAAUCAUGAAGUCUUUGGGAACUUUAAAAAACAAAUUGAUAUGGCAGAAGCUAAAAUCAAAGAAGUUGAUAGCAAGAAUGAAAUUACUGAAAUAUCAAAGGAAGACAUAUUGUUGAGAAGGGAGGGUUUUAGUGAGUUAUGGGAAGCAUGGCGAAGGAGAGAAAUGGCAUGGAAACAAAAGACUAAGCUUGAUUGGGUCCAGCAAGGAGAUGCUAAUUCCAAGUUAUUCCACAGAAUAGCUAACAAUGAGCAGUGGGACAAGCCAAAACUAGAUGGACUACAAUUUAAACAACUCACUGAGGAGGACAGAGUUUGGUUGGAAAGGGCGGUCUCAGCAGAAGAGGUGAAACAAGCAGUAUGGGAAUGCGGAGACCCUAACAACAUUAAAGCUGUGAAAGGGAUACUGAGAUGGUUUGAGCUGUUGUCAGGCCUGAAAAUUAAUUUUAACAAAAGUGUGCUUUACUCACUUAAUGCCUCCGAUGAGUGGGGAAGAAUGGCUGCUGUUGCCCUCAAUUGCAAAUCAUGUUCUCUCCCCUUUACUUAUCUCGGGAUGCCAGUUGGGGAUAUUAUAAUUCCAAAAAUUGUGCUCCAUGAAUUAGUGUCUUUACAAAGAAAGUUCCUAUGGGGUUAUAUGGAGGACAAGAGCAAAUUAGCUUGGUUAAGUUGGGAGAAAGUGUGUAGGAACAGAAGUGAGGGAGGCCUAGGAGUGCCAAAUCUUGACUGUAGGAAUAUUGUGAUGCUAGGGAAGUGGUGGGAUAGAUUUGGGAAGGAAGAGGGUAGCUUAUGGAGAAAAGUUGUUAUUGAUAAAUACUACGAAGGAGGGGAAAGGAACGAAGAACAAAGAAUAAAAGAGAUCCUCCUAAGAAAGCUAGUGUUAUCUUCCCAACCGGACCAAAGAAGCUGGAGCUUCGAUAUUGCAAAUGGUUACACAGUUCGCAAGGCCUAUUCUUUGAUGGCUAGUCAGAAUAGAAUAUUGGAGCCAAGAAUCUGCAAAAAACUUUGGGGCAAAUUGAUUCCGUCCGAGAUCAGUUGCUUUGGGUGGCAUCUUAUUUUGAAGGGACUUCCGACAAAAGCAGGUCUUCUAACAAAGGGUAUCCAGCUUCAAGAGGAGGAGACUUUUUGCUGCAUUUGUAGAAAGGAAUUGGAGGAUGAGAACCACUUGUUUGCCACAUGCUCAAAGAUCCAAAGCCUAUGGAUGAGAUGCUACAACUGGUGGGGGAUAUCCCUACCCCUUUCUAACACAAUUUCUCUUUUAUGUGAAGCUCACAAUAUUGGGAUCAAAAAGUUGGUAAAUUCUGAAGUUUGGUUUCUGAUUUUCUUGGUGGUUACAUGGUCUAUAUGGCACACAAGGAACUUUAUUAUUCACAGUUCACAACAAUGGGAUGAGGACAAAACUUUUGACUUAAUUCAAAGGAGAACUUAUGCUUGGAUAAGGGGAAGAUCUACUAACACUGUGUUUCCUUUUUUCUAUUGGUGCAAUUCCCCUAGUACAUGUGUCCAAGAAAUUCCCAAGAGAUAGAUUUAACAUUGUAGUUCUCAGUUAUCAUUAUAGCUUUUGGAACGCUUUCAUAGUUUGGGAAUGCUUUCAUUGUCUCCAAAUGCAUUUAUUAUUUUAUUUGCUAUGACUUUUUGAUGUUAUGGGUUGAGUACCCCUUGUACUCCUACAUAUAAUAAAUUUUGAUUUAUCUA